AUGGAAGCGAGACGGAAAUUGGCAAACGAAACCGUCGAACAGUGUUUCAAUGAGAAGCUGAACCUGGCGCGUCUUUGUCCACUCCCGGAAGAUCAGAUUGUGGACUAUGUUAUUACAGGCAUCAGCGACGAAGCGCUCGUUCGGAGCCUGAGCGUUGUCAAGUUUUCUACUCCGGAGGAUCUGCUGGAGUGCCUCAAACGUUUGGACGACCAACUCACCGACGUCAGGGAAGCGUUCCACCGAUCCGAUGCGGCAACCGAUUCAAGGGCAGGAAAGAAUGCAAAGGCGAUCGUUGUUGACGCACAGUUGCGGAUGCAAGAAGGCAAGGAACACUGUUUGCUUGCUUGUGCAAUCAACGUCACAGAAGAUGGCGAUACGGUUUUGCCUAUAUUGAACAUAUCCCGUUCCAACGUCAAUAUUUCAAAAGGCGAUGUAGCAGCCAGAGGCUCCUGGUGUUCAGAAGUAUCUGAAACCGCCAUCAACCGGAGGACGACGGAUCUCCUGGAACCGAGGAAAGCGGCAGAUGUACGAACAGGACCUCAGCUUUGCCCUGAUCUGUCGGGGAGAUACCGCCUUACAACAGAGGACGGUCCUAUCGUGCAAGCACCUUUUAAGACGCGGCCAGUUAAGGAAUGCUACUGCUACAACUGCGCAGGCCAAGGCCAAUUUGGUCACCAAUGCAACAUGAAGAAGAGGGGCAAUCCGGUUACGCCCUGCAUCAUUUCCUACGACGACCCUCACGAGUCUCAAGAUCAGAGUAGACAGUCCGAAGGAAAUUGGCGAGCACCACGAACAAGCAUAAAGGAGCACCGAAACAACGACGGCGGCUACGACAACAAACCUUCCGUGAGCAACAGCAGAGGCUCCAGAAAGAAAAAAAAAAGAACAAGAAGUCGCGCUUGCCACGGAAAAUUGAUGCGACUUUCUAAUGACACCUACCGCAUUGAAGACAUACCUGGCCACAAGCGGACUCAACGUUUCUACGCGUCAACAGCUCCCGUCGACAAGCUGCAACGAGUCAACACCUUUGAUGUUGACAUUGAAGACACAUCAAGCACAUAUCUUCGGUCGCUAUGGAGCUCUCGAUUGCCGCUGCUGCUGAUGCUGCUGUUCAUUUUUCUCCUGAGGAUUCCAAACGCAGAGAUGUGUCAAAGCCACACUGCACCAGUGCCUACGAAGCCCCCCUCAGUUCCUUCGCAGACACGCCACGUUAACUUAUAUCUCCUUUCGGAUCACUCGCACUGCCAACUGUUUAACAAUACUGGAGAUCAGCGCCUUUACAUGACGGUUCUGACGAACGGAGUAAGAGCAACUUACAGCGGAUUCCCACACGCUCUGGGACUCGUUUUAAGGCUCGUUGGAAUUGGCUGCCUAAGUGAGUCUGAACAGAAAAGGAUAUAUGAAACCAGCAUCAAAGAUGGCAAGUUGGAUGGGUAUAGUGCUUUGUGGGGUUUAAAGAAUUUUGCAAUGCAAAACCCAACGCAGUUUGAAAAUGCUACGGUCACCGUUAUGCUAACGGCGUACUACUUUCAGAAAGAGUCUCAAACUGGUUACUCCUUUCUUGGUGGAUUCUGCAGCAGAGAUCAAGUAGCGCUCGUCAGCGACGUACACGCACUCUACCGCUGUCAAGAAGACGUGGCGCUGCACAUCUUGAGAGUGAUGUCUGUGGAUUUGCAGGAGGGUUCGCUAAAAAAAUGCGUGACUAGCAAAAGAGAAUCACCCGAAUGCAGUUUGGAGAAGCUUAGCGCUUCACUUGCCCGCAUGCCCCAAGAGUGCUUUCGACCAAGAGGACAGGAGGUUCCCCAAGUCACGAGCUUGCCUGGCGACGUCGUCGAUUUGCCGAAACUCUGUAAAGCAAUAUAUUACUUCAUACCGAGGAUGGAACACUGUUUUGAACACGAGAUCACUGGGAUGCAUCGCUUCAAUCCAGUGUACAAUUGCGAGUUAACCUGCUGUGUCUGGAAGAACAGUCUGGAUAGAAAAUUGCGUGUAGCUGCAUCAAUACAAGGUCUUCGAUGCGGUACCGAAAAUCAGUUUUGCGUCAACGGCGCUUGCUACAACCGUGAAGAAUGGAUCCACGAGCACCUUCCUAAUGGUUCCCUCGACAUCCGUCCAGACGUUCCGCGCAAGAGACCGUUUUAAAGUGACUUAAUGCACGAAAUAA